AUGUUUAUACAGUGUAAAUAUAUUUUAAUAUAUGAUAUAAUUAUGGUGUUGCUUUUAUAUUCUGAUGCAAUAAAUGCAAAAAAUAUAACAAAAUUUGCUGGCGUUGUCGAAAAUAUUACAGUGUACGUUUCAGAAGAUGAAAGUUAUUUCAAAAGCAAUACUGCAUUAAAAUCAUUGAAAUUGAAUAUAUCUUGGACGCCAUCAAAUGGAGAAAAAGAACUUUCUUCAUACAGUGUUAUGAUUACAAGUAUGUUAAAAAAAACUGAUAUAAAUAGGACAGAAUGUACAGAAGGUUUUGCGUUCUACAAUGUGCAAAAUAAAAGUCAAUUUAGCAUAUUAGUACCACAAAAUAAAUUAUUGGGUGAUAUAUCGGAUAUACAAAUACAUCCAAAUUGUACGUACAAAAUACAAGUGUAUGCCAAUCCGAGAGUUAAACCCAUAAGAAAGUUACCAGAGGUCAUCUAUAGAGUUCCAGAAUGUAUAAGACAUAAAUGCAGUUGCGCGGAUGCAAAAUCUACCUUGCCUAUUCCAAAAGUAGAAGUAAUCCGACAAAGAGAAAGUAUAGUUAUUAAUUGGAAUAGUACAUCGAAUAAUUCUCACAUUUAUUCUUAUAUAAUUAGUGUUGGCAUACCAUUAUUGAUAUCAAAAGCGGGACAUUCUGUGUAUAAUAUCACAAAGAUAAGUAAUGUGACUUCUACAAUAAAUACCUUUAAUUGGGACAUGAGAAUUGAUGAUCAAUAUAUAAAAGUAAAAAAUGGAUAUAAAAUAUUGGUAGCUGCAAUGGAUUAUCGAAAUUGUUUAGGAACUCAAGGUGGUUUCACCAUUGUUGAUAUAAGCAAAAUUAAAAUAUUGGACAGGAGUACUAUGUGGCUAUUACUUGCCGGUAUUGUCAUUUGUGUUAUAGUAGGCUUUAUUGGUAUUAUAUCAACACAUAAUAAAAAUGGGUAUCAACUUGUAUUUUCUUUCAAACGCAAACAUUUUAUUUUUAACGAUAGGAGACAAACAGUGUCUCCUUCCGCUUGUAAACUAACUCAAUGGCCAGAUCUAGUUUUUCAGAGACGUAAUUUCGAUGUAUAUGUCGAACAAAAAUCUGAGGAGACAUGUUGCAAAGCUCAAAAAGAUGAAUUUGAAGUACCAUACAAAUAUAUAAAUUUUAUAUAUGAAUUAGGAAAGGGACAGUUUGGUAAAGUAUACUUAGGUAGCUUAAACAACAAUAAAAACAUAUUAAUAGCUAUUAAAAUGUCACAAUGUUCUGAUGCAUGUAACGAACCUGAAGCCAGACAUCAAUUACUGGAAGAAAUUAAAAUAAUGAAGGCAGCUGGUUCUCAUAUACAUUUAGUGAGCCUUAUAGGUUGCUGUACUUUACCUAACAAUCCUAUAUGCAUACUUUUAGAAUAUAUGGAAGGUGGAGAUUUGCUUGCAUAUCUACAUUACAGAAGAAAAAUUAAAUCAGGAAUGGAACAUUUGGAAGCUAAAGGAAUUAUACAUAGAGAUUUGGCAGCAAGAAAUAUCCUUCUUACUUCAGAUCUAACACUAAAGAUUUCUGAUUUUGGUUUGUCACGAAAUGGAAUAUAUGUAAUAAAUAACAUGGCUGGCAAAGUUCGUCAACUCCCAAUACGUUGGAUGUCACCAGAAGCUAUAUGCAAUCAUGCUUUCUCUUCUAAAAGUGACGUCUGGUCAUUUGGCGUUGUGCUCUGGGAAAUUGGAACUCUAGGUUCUUUUCCAUAUGCUAAUAUACAAGACAACAAGUUAUUGCAUUAUUUAAUUCAAGAUAAAUGUCGUUUGACAUGUCCUAAUACAGUUUCUCACAAUAUAUAUAAAAUUAUGUGUUCUUGUUGGAAUAUGGUUCCACAAGAUAGACCUAGUUUUGCACAACUUGUUUUAAAUUUGCAAAUAUUAAAAAAAUCUUUACAUUCUAUGCACGAUGCAAGCAAUCCUUGUUAUGCAAUGCUAUUAUAUUAA